CCACUACCCGUGGUAGAAUUGAGAGAACCUCAUGAAAAUGAGAGUGAAGAUGACGAUAGUGAUGUGACUCUACAGGAGAUGAGUUUAGACAGUGCCUUGGAACUUGAUUCUGGUCAAGAUGAAAAGAGACAAGCAGCUGGAGACCUGCAAAAAGUCUUGGCCCCAGCUUACCUCAAUCCUCCCUCGACUGAGAGUGACAACGAGUUUAAUGACGAAGACACGUGGGCUGCAAUAAAGAAACAGGCAGGUACAGACUUUGAGAAUGCGGAGAAGGGAGGAGAAGCCGACUCCGAUGACGACGACGAUGAUGAGGAUGACAGUGAUGUGACAAUCAGUGACAUAUUCCCUCUUGUAACCUCCACUCCGCCUGUUGCCCUAAAGAGGGGUCAGCCUCCAAAGAGCCAAGCAGCAGAUGCAAUUGAGGAUGAACGGAUGCUGGCUGCGUCGACCCCACCAACAUCAACGCUUGUUACCAAGCUGUUUCCCCAGCUGAAGCCGAAGCAGAAAGCUGCUCCGGCUGUCGCCAAACAAGCCACAAGUGAUGUUCCUAAUGCCCAGGGGCAGGAGGAAGAGCCUGUAGACACGGUUCAGAGUACUGCGGUCAGGGAGAAGCUCAAAGAAUUGGAAGCAGAGAUUGAAAAGUUCAGGACUGAGAAUGCAGCUCUGGCCAAAAUUAGAAAAGAGCGGGAAGAGGGCUUGAAAAAGCUGCAAGCGGAAAUAGCUGCGUUUGAGAAACAGAAAACGGAUGAACUCGAACGACUAGAGCAGUUUAGGGAGGAAGAGAUGCGAAAGCUACGCCGCGAAAGACGAGUGUUUGAAAAGUAUCAGAAAGCUGCCCGUUCAAUGCCAGACAAGAAAGAACGCGAAGAGAUCGAGAGUUUACGAGAACAGAUGGCAGAUUUGCAAGAAGAACUUAAGCGACGCGAAUCUCGUUGGUCAGCGGCUUCUACACGUUCCCGCCAAAAGAUCGAGGUCUUGGAAGAACAGAACAAAGAACUUCAAGAAGAGGUGAAGCUUUUAGAACACUAUCGAUUGCAACAGUGGAGAGAAGAGGAACAAGCGAAGGCGAAAGAAGAAGAGGAGUCAAGACCGAAAAAACCUUUGCUGCGCAAAACUGCUAAGGCGACGGAAGAAGAGCCAGGGCCCAAGCUCCCCGUGCGUCACCGAUCUCCUCCUAUGAGAGCAGCUCUUGCUGAAGUACUGCCCAGAUCUACUCCUGAAAAUGCUACCAUUGAUCCUGAGACCAGGCUACCAAGUGCUGCUAUACAACUUGAUAAAAACAACAAUCAGUCAUCGAGUUCUCGCCAAGACGAAAAUACACCAUCAGAUGUACUUUAUAAUGAAAAGGAAGAAAUCAGCUCUGGU